AUGUAUUCCGAUCCAACAGAAAAGCUACUGCAGCUCACAUUUCUGAAAAAGCUAAUGCUGGUUCCGAAAGAAAGGUGCCUUAACGCACAACAAACAUGUUACAUCCACCAGCCUAUCACAGCUCUUGUAUCCCGAAUAUCCUACAACAAACAUGGCACAUCCACCAGCCUAUCACAGCUCUUGUAUCCCGAAUAUCCUACAACAAACAUGACAUAUCCACCGCCUAUCACAGCUCUUGUUUCGGAAAACCCUCACGCAGAAUAUGGUCUCACUGAGAAUGUUGAGAGAAUAGUAGAAAAUGAAAAAGCAGGCACAGAAAAAGCCUCCAAGCAGAAGGUGGAUUUACAAGCCUUGCCCACACGAGCAUAUCUUGACCAGACUGUGGUUCCAAUACUUUUACAGGGUCUUUCAGUGCUGGCAAAAGAAAGACCUUCAAAUCCCAUAGAAUUUCUAGCAGCUUACCUCUUGAAGAAUAAAACUCAAUUUGAAGACAGAAGCUAAUGAAGUUUUAGGAUUCACUCCGAUCCAGUGCACCAUGCAUUGCAGCAAAGGACUAAUUCUUCUUUUAGCAUAAUUGGACUGCUUCAAAAUA